GUCGCCCCCAGAAGAUUACUGUCCCUUCGUCAGCACAAUUAUCGUCUCCACCAAACUACAUAAACAAACAACGACCACGUAACUCAUCACUCCCUCUCAGUUCAUCAACACCACCUAAAAAAUGGCAACCGAUUUCACAAAACCAAACCCUUGUUCACUCUCCUCAGUCAUCUGUAUAUACACUGUAUUUAUCAUAUCUAUAUCUGCCCCAGUCGAUGCUCGAACUCUAGGGCUCAAUUCCAUCACCGAACUCGAUGACUCUCUCGUAUACCUAUGGCCUCUUCCCUCAGAGUUCACUUCCGGCAACGAAACCCUAGCCGUUGAUCCCGAUCUCUCGCUCUCCGUCGGCGGCGAAGGCGGUGGCUCCGCCAUUGUCAGCGAAGCGUUUGAGAGGUACAGAGCGAUCAUAUUCAAACAGAGCUCGUGGUUUUCGAAGUUGAAAUUGAGGGGAAACUCGGCGUACGAUAUCAGUAAGCUUAAGAUUAUUGUUCAUUCCGAUGAUGAAGAGAUUCAACUUGGUACGGAUGAGAGCUAUUCUUUGUUAGUCGCGAAAAGCGAUGACCGUUCGAUUAUUGGGGACGCUACGAUUGAGGCAAAUUCUGUUUUUGGAGCUUUGCGUGGGUUAGAGACAUUCAGCCAAUUAUGUGCUUAUGAUUAUGUAACAAAAACUGUACAAGUAUACAAGGCACCAUGGUACAUACGGGACAGACCAAGAUUUGCAUAUCGUGGACUUCUGCUUGAUACUUCAAGGCACUUUUUACCUAUCGAUGUAAUUAAGAAAAUAAUUGAAUCCAUGUCAUAUGCUAAGCUGAACGUUCUUCAUUGGCACAUCAUAGAUGAACAGUCAUUUCCACUAGAAAUACCUUCAUAUCCAAAUUUAUGGAGUGGGGCAUAUACGAAGUGGGAGCGCUACACCAUUGAAGAUGCUCAAGAAAUUGUCAACUUCGCCAAGAUGAGAGGUAUCAAUGUUAUGGCAGAGGUAGACGUACCAGGUCAUGCAGAAUCAUGGGGUGCUGGGUAUCCUGAUCUUUGGCCUUCAUCUUCCUGCAGAGAGCCUCUGGAUGUAGCAAAAAACUUUACUUUUGAUGUUAUUUCUGGCAUUCUGUCAGAUAUGAGGAAAAUCUUUCCAUUUGAGCUCUUCCACUUGGGUGGUGAUGAGGUUCACACAGAUUGUUGGACCUCUACUCCACAUGUGCAGCAAUGGCUUCAAGAUCACAACAUGACGGCUAAAGAUGCAUAUCAAUAUUUCGUACUCAGAGUUCAAGAAAUAGCCAUAUCCAAGAACUGGAACCCUGUCAAUUGGCAAGAAACAUUUGAUGCAUUUGCAUCAAAACUCAACCAGCAGACUGUAGUUCAUAAUUGGUUGGGUGGCGGUGUUUGUCCAAAGGCUGUUGCAAAAGGUUUUAGAUGCAUUUUCAGCAAUCAAGAUUUUUGGUAUCUUGACCACUUAGAUGUCCCGUGGGAGGGUGUCUAUACUGCUGAGCCACUGGAAGGAAUAAAUGAUGUAUCUGGCCAACAACUUGUUAUUGGGGGAGAAGUUUGCAUGUGGGCUGAGACAGCUGAUGCUUCAAAUGUUCAACAAACAAUAUGGCCUAGGGCUGCAGCAGCUGCAGAGCGUUUGUGGAGCAAGAGAGAGGACUUACCUGCAGGAAAUAUUACCAUUACUGUAUUACCUAGGUUCCAAUACUUCAGAUGUCUCUUGACGAGGCGCGGGGUUCCAGCUGCUCCAGCUACAAAUAAGUAUGCUCGAAGUCCUCCAAGUGGCCCGGGGUCAUGCUAUGCGCAAUAAUUCCUGUUAGACUUUUUAUUCUGUAGAAAGUACAGCUUUUCCAGCAGGUUAAUUUCUUUGUUGCUUCACUCCAACAUCCCUGUUGUCAUGGUUUUGAUAUCUUUGGGAUUGGGAGUUGCAUCUGAUCUGCUUUCUGUAAUUUGGAGACGACAUUGUCGUUGUUGUUGUGACAUGGAGUAUAACUGUUACUUUUGUUUCAAUUGAUAUGCUUUUUAGCCACCCCAUGUUCUUUUUCCUA